AUGCCCCGCAUCGCCGCGCCCCCGCUGAACAUGACCCCCAGCUCGUCGAGUAGCCGGGAUCAGUUCGGACACAUUCAGAGUACGGACCAGCUGCACUGCGAGUUGGCAGCGUGCCGGAGCGACGAACGCGCACUGGCGGUUCUCAGGGGAUACAUCGCACCGCGGUCUGAGAACAAGAGAGCGUGCGACAAGGUCCUGAACGAGGUGGAAGUGAAGUGGCGGGCGACCAGGCAACCUCAGCUGACUCCAGUUCCCACAACACUCGAAGAGCGUGCAAUCCGAGCGCGCGGAGCGACUCCCAUUCGUUCGGCCACGGGUGCGACCUUUCCCUCCGACAUGUUGUCUCCCGAAGCUCGCUCAAACCUGCGACAGGCCGAGGCCACUGCCAGCCGUGCACCUGCCGGCCCGGGUGGCUUGCCGCCCUACUCUGAGCGCGACCCCGACCCCGCCUCGACAAUGAUGCUGGAGCGACGUCUCGCCUCUGAGCUGAACGAGCUUGGCGGUCUCAGCGGAUUCUGUGUCGAGUCUACAGACCCAGACUACCUCGACGGCAUUCGGGAGACUCGGGACGAGAACGAGAGCCGUCGGUUCAGCGCCGGCGAAGCUGGAGAGAGGCGGUCGCCGACGGUCGCCGAUCGAGGAGAGGAAUAG